GCUUGUCUGGGGAGAUUUCAAGGCGAAUCCAGUAAAGCAAAGUCCCCCAAACAGGCAGUGAAUGGAAAAUGCCACGUUCCUUUUUGGUGAAGAGCAAAAAGGCUCAUACCUAUCAUCAACACCGCUUUGUGGAAGAUGACCUGCCUAUACUCACGUGGGAUCCAAUAACCUCUCCCUUCACUGCCAUAGGAGACAAGACACCAGAGGACAUCAAGAAACAGGACGUAGAAUGCGUGGUUCCAAAACAAGAAAAGAACCCUUCUGAACUGAAAGAAGAAAGUGUCCCUGUCCAGUACCUGAGCAGGAUGCUGCCAGGCCCUUCAGCUCAAGAGAUGGCCAUCCCAGGUCUGCAGAUCAAAGACUGCACUAACACGACAAGCACCCCUGCUUUCUACAAAACCAGCUUUUCUUGGGAUGCUUUCCAUUUGCCAUACAGCUACCGACAGAUGUCUUCCACCAUGCAGUCAGCCCUAUUGGAUCACCCCGUCAGCCUGUACGGAAGCCACCUCCUGCCAAGUGCUGAGCCCCCUCUAGAUUACAGCAUGCAUUACUCCUCAGACAUGGAGACCUACCACUGCGUCAAGUGCAACAAGGUAUUCUCCACUCCCCAUGGACUCGAGGUCCAUGUCCGAAGGUCUCAUAGUGGGACCCGUCCCUUUGCUUGUGAAGUAUGUGGCAAAACCUUUGGACACGCUGUAAGCCUGGAGCAGCACACCAAUAUUCACUCCCAGGAAAGAAGUUUUGAGUGCAAGAUGUGUGGGAAGACAUUCAAACGUUCCUCCACCCUCUCCACUCAUCUGCUGAUCCAUUCAGACACACGGCCCUAUCCCUGCCAAUACUGUGGCAAGCGCUUCCACCAGAAGUCAGAUAUGAAGAAACACACUUACAUCCACACUGGGGAGAAGCCCCACAAAUGCCAGGUAUGUGGCAAAGCCUUCAGCCAGAGCUCCAACCUCAUCACUCACAGCCGCAAGCACACUGGCUUCAAGCCCUUCAGCUGUGAGCUCUGUGCCAAGGGCUUCCAGCGCAAGGUGGAUCUACGGAGGCACCGAGAGACCCAACACAGUCUCAAGUGAGGGAUGGCUCCAGGUCUUUGCUGGAGCUCCCACUGACAGUGCAUGCUCCAGGGAAGAAGACUCUCCCCAGCAUCUCCAUCCAGCGUGGGGCUGCCUACCUCAUAAAGCUCAUCUGGCAUCCUAUGUUUCCCAGGGGACUGGCAAAGCCAUGUCAUCAGCUUUGGUGUUCUGGCACCCCAGGGCUUUGCACGUCCCAGUAGGUGGCAAAGAAACCUAUGGGAGCUCUUGCUUUUCAAUUACAGCAGGUACCAACCCAGAUCUGACAUCACCUGCUUAAGUGCAAAUCCAGAGUAAUUCCUCCAAGGUCAGUAUUACUCUGGAUUUACACCAUGUGCAGAAUCCAGUUCAUCAGCCUGAGCAGCAGUGAGGUGGGAAGUCCUGGGCUGGCAGCAGCAGCAAUCUGUGCCAAGCUAGUGCUGUAACCAUGUUCUGCUUUGAUGGUUAGGAAGAUAAGGCUAGGACAUGCAAAUAAGGCUGCAUCCAG